AUGUCGACUCGUGCUUUGCCUUUCAACGGCCUGCCUAUGGACUGUUGGUUCAUGAUUCUGGACUAUCUGCAGCCCUCAGACCUCAACUCCCUCUCUAAGGUCUGUCGAUCGAUGCACGAGAAUACAAAGCCUCAUCUGUAUCGAAACCUCAUUUGGAACUGGAAUCGGAAUCCCUUACGCCGUCUACUUAAUCUUUUUCGCACAGUUGAGGCUCAUCCAGAGCUACUUGCAUUGAUUCAGCGCGUUGACUUUACCGUUCCUCUAGAGGACUCUCGCUUGUUCUCUUCACACACUCGAGCAAACGAAAGCCUGAUCAACUCUCCUCGCGGUUACCGCAGUGCUUACCUUUUCUGCCAACAAAUUUUAGAACGAUCAAAUAUGCCGGACAUUUCAGGAUGGAAGCAUAACAUGCAGAGGGGUGAUCCGUAUCUCUUUGCAACUCUGUUGAUAUCUCAACUUCCUAAUCUGCGACGCCUCUCUCUCGACUGCAGCUUCGUGAUCUACAGCGGCUGGCCAGGCAUGAUGCUCAAACAUGCCAUGUUAACCGCACCCGCGGGGACCUUGUCCAAAUUUGAACAUCUCUCCUGGAUUGAAUACGGAGUUACCAGCGCUCGCAUCAGACCCAACUAUGAUGCCGUGUACAAUCCUUUUCAUGAUCCGCAUGUUCGUCGACAGCACAACCCAUAUCAAUUUACCGGGUUUUUCUUCUUACCUGCUUUGCAAGCACUUUCACUUUGGAUGGGCAGUCCCAUUCUCACGCAGGAAAUUUCCAAGGCAAACAAGAUGCGAGAAAACACAAUGAAAAAUAUCCUCUCUUUCCAUGUGGAAGGAGGACAUAUGAAUACUUACGACAUGAAAUUUCUUUUGAUGAACAUGAAAAACCUUCGAGAAUUGAGUCUGGGACUAUCUUACACCUUCCCUUUCGAAGCCUGGUCCAGUGCGCGCGCCAUAGAAGAAGGACUCAAGAGCAUCGCACCAAAUCUCGAGAAAUUCUCAUUCCGACCCUCGCAUCUUUCAUAUUUCAGUUUGGCCCUGUGGUACCAGAGUGUGCAUUUAGAACAUCUCGGAGUUCCCGCCUCGAAGCUGAAGUUCACCCCCGGAUUCUUCAAGCAAUUCCCAAAGCUGGUUUCUCUCAAUGUACCAGCUGUUUACCUGACAGGCGGCGGUUAUAACCGCAAAAGUCUCGCAGAGAAUCUCCCCAGCUCCCUUGAGAACCUCGAACUACGUGAUCAACCACUGGACAUGUUUUGGCCUGAACGGCAGUGGGACGAGCUUUUUGGUCCUGUGAAGGAGUUCUUCCCACCAUAG